UUGCAAGCAAGAGCUAGCCAACGGAGGAAUGGGCAGUUGGGUGGUGGAGAUGCAAGCUACAAAGUCCAUCUACAAAGUCCAUCCCUUCAUCUCAAACAUUAACAAGACAGCCUACCAGCCCCGAGUCGUGUCGUUCGGGCCAUACCACCAUGGAGAGCCUCAACUGGCAUGGAUGGAGGCUCACAAGAAACGCGUUCUCAAUCGCUAUAUCCAUCAAUUAGGGGUACCCCAGAAAGAGAUCUUUCGCCUCGUAGAGAAAAUGGCUCAAGAGUUGAAGGAAUCAUACGAUUCCCUCGACUUUAAAUGGCAAGAUAACACUAAGAGUUUCGUGCAAUUGAUGAUGUUAGAUGGGUGUUUCAUGCUCGAAUUAUUAGAUGUCUAUAAGGAUGACAACUAUUAUUCUGACAAUGAUCCCGUCUUCAGCCGACAUGGGGAGCUCUAUGUCAUGCCAUUUGUCAGGGCUGACAUGUUGAUGCUGGAGAAUCAAUUACCAAUGUCGCUUCUGCUCAGCCUCAAAUAUAUUCGAGAGAAUGUUAAGAGGGGACAACCAAUUGGGACAUUAGAUCUCGGCUCCACAAAUAUUGUGCAGUCUGACAUUGAAGAAUUGAACAAAAGCAUACUUUUUUUUCUCUUCUAUGACAUUAGCAAGUACUCUGAGAUGGGCACAUGUUUACACGUGCUUGACCUCUACCGCAAAGGCCUACUCCACACACACAACGAAGAUAGAAAUGCAGCCUCCCAAUCUGCAAAUGAAGGAGAAGGCUUCUACCCAAAGAUGGGCAAAUGUUUUUACCAGCUUAAGCUCCGCUACCAGCGCCUGGUCCACACACAACACACACCUGGAGAUGCAGCCCCCCAAUCUGCAAAUGAAAGAGAAGGCUUCUACCCAAAGAUGGGAAAAUGUUUUCACGAGCUUGAGCUCUGCUACCGGCGCCUGGUCCACACACAACACACGCCUGGAGAUGCAGCCCCCCAAUCUUCAAAUCAAGGAGUUAGAAAGAAUAAGGGGGUCGGCCACAACGUCGUUCGCCCAGCCACAGAGCUCCACGAGGCCGGUGUCCGCUUCGUUAAAAGCGAAAGCAAAAGUCUCUUGGACAUCACCUUCGGCGAAGGCACCUUGAAACUUCCCAAUUUCAUGAUUUCUGAUUCUACUGAAUCAAUUUUCUUGAAUCUCAUAGCCUUCGAGCGUUGCCACAAUCCUGCUGGCAGCUACAUCACUUCCUUCGUCGCAUUCAUGGACUGCAUCAUCGACGACAGUCUAGAUAUCAAGCUUUUGAGCUCGAAAGGAAUUAUCGACAACAUCAUUGGGACUGACAAGGAGGCAGCCGAUUUGUUCAACACAAUGUCCAAGGGUUUAGUCUUGGAUUUGAACGAAAACCUUGGCCAGAUGUACACGGAUCUCAUCCACUACUGCAACAGGCGUUGGCAUAAAUGGCGCGCCAAUCUAACUCAAACUUAUUUCAGAAACCCGUGGGCAAUUAUUUCUGUCAUCGCAGCCUUCCUUCUCCUCUCUCUUACUGCGGUGCAAACUAUCUUCACCAUCCUAAAUUAAUUUGAAGUGCUAUUUGUAAAAUUUUAAUGACAUUUAUAUGAAUAUAUAAUAGAUUAAUGUAUGAGUAUUAUUAAAAAUAUCAUAAUUAAUGUCU